AUGACGAUAAAGGCGUGGGGAUCAAUCACCAAAGCGUACUAUGAGUUCAGGAAGGAUAAGCGGAUCGAAAAAUCGUUGUUCAGGAAAAAUGAGUGGAUCGAAAAAUCGACGAACGCAGUGAAAAGAAUUAUUAAAACGCCAACUUUUGGUCUGACCACUCCUCUAAUCUCAGUGCAGUGCAUCGAAGGAGGAGUCUCAAUUGACACCCUUCUCCACAACGAUAUUACCGAGACAUGUGUCAGCCAAUACUGCGAUUUUAUUCGCAACAUCCCUUCCCAGGACAUAAUAUUUCCGAAUUCAAUCAUAGUGUAUGAUUACGUAGUCUCCAUCAAGUUAUGGAACAAUGGCACGAUCACAGAUGAGUUCACAGUUUCCUGCGAAGCUCAUCCGAUAUGCGAAACAUUAGAUUGUCCCUUUUGCUGGGAACACAUAUACAAUGUGCAGUGCUGGACCAAUACCCAAUUAAUAAUAAUUGCCCUUUCCCUCCUCCUCAUUUUCCUCAUUCUACCGGGGAUUUGUCUCAUCGCUAAGAUAGUCUUCAUGCUUAUGACACCGCUUCUCUCUAUGCUAGCAACGAUGAAUGAUGAAGUUACUCCACAAAAGAUCGCGGCCUCACCGGGCUCAACUCCGCACAUACACUAA